GACUGAGCUGUCACAAGGGCACGCAGGUCUCUCCAUCUGCCUCACUCGCGGACGUCUUCCCAGGUCACCCUCGGAGCCCUAAGGGCUCUCCUCAGAGACCCCAACCAUGGGGGAAGGUCAGGCCCCAGGCAUCAAGGAGACGGACGGGGAGUGGACAGCAGCCCCCACACCUGAGCAGCCAGAACGAGGCAUCCACUUCAUCACAACCGCUCCCACCCUGAAGCUGCUCAACCACCACCCACUGCUCGAGGAGUUCCUACAGGAGGGGCUGGAGACAGGCGAGGAGCUGAGGCCGGCACUGCCUUUUCAGCCUGACCCACCUACGCCACACACCCCAAGCCCCCUUCCCCGCCUGGCCAACCAGGACAGCCGCCCGGCCUUCACCAGCCCUACUCCAGCCAUAGCCGCAGCACCCACUCAGCCCCAGUCCAGGGAAGGACCCUGGAGCCUGGAGCCAGAGCCCCCCAUGCUUCAUAUCACAGCUGCCCUGCCUCCAGGGCCCAGCAUGGCAGUGCCCACCACAGGCCCAGGGGAGAGGCCCGUUACUACACCCCCUAGCCGAGCAUGGACUCCAACCCAAGAGGGUCCUGGAGACAUGGGCAGGCCAUGGGCUCCAGAGGUCAUGUCCCGGACCACAGGGCUUGGGAUCGAGGGGACCAUUGCCACCUCCACAGCUUCAGGGGACGAUGAGGAGGCCACCACCACCACCAUCAUCACCACCACUAUCACCACAGUCCAGCCACCAGGCCCUUGUAGCUGGAAUUUCUCAGGCCCAGAGGGCUCUCUGGACUCCCCAGUGGCCCCCAGUUCACCCCAUGACGUCGGCCUGGACUGUUUCUACUACAUCUCUGUCUACCCUGGCUACGGUGUGGAAAUUAAGGUCCAGAACAUCAGCCUGCGGGAAGGGGAGACGGUGACUGUGGAGGGCUUGGGGGGACCUGACCCGCUGCCCCUGGCCAACCAGUCUUUCCUGCUGAGGGGCCAAGUCAUCCGCAGCCCCACCCACCAAGCAGCCCUGAGGUUCCAGAGCCUCCCACCACCUACAGGGCCUGGUACCUUCCAUUUCCACUACCAAGCCUAUCUCCUGAGCUGCCACUUUCCCCGACGUCCAGCUUAUGGAGCUGUGACUGUCACUAGCCUCCACCCAGGAGGCAGCGCCCGCUUCCGUUGUGCCACUGGCUACCAGCUGAGGGGUGUCAGGCUUCUUACCUGUCUCAACGCCACCCAGCCCUUCUGGGAUUCCCAGGAGCCUACCUGCAUCGCUGCCUGCGGUGGAGUGAUCCGCAAUGCCACCACUGGCCGCAUUGUCUCUCCUGGCUUCCCGGGCAACUACAGCAACAACCUCACCUGCCACUGGCUGCUUGAGGCUCCUGAGAGCCAGCGACUGCAUUUACACUUUGAGAAGGUUUCCCUGGCAGAGGAUGAUGACAGGCUCAUCAUCCGAAAUGGGGACAACGUGGAGGCCCCGCCCGUGUACGAUUCCUAUGAGGUGGAGUACUUGCCCAUUGAGGGUCUGCUCAGCUCUGGCCGACACUUCUUUGUGGAGCUCAGCACUGACAGCAGCGGGGCAGCUGCAGGCAUGGCCCUGCGUUAUGAGGCUUUCCAGCAGGGCCAUUGCUAUGAGCCCUUUGUCAAAUACGGCAACUUCAGCAGCAGCGCACCCUCCUACCCUGUGGGUACCACCGUGGAGUUCAGCUGCGACCCUGGUUAUACCCUCGAGCAAGGCUCCAUCAUCAUUGAGUGUGUUGACCCCCAUGACCCUCAGUGGAAUGAGACAGAGCCAGCCUGCCGAGCUGUGUGCAGUGGGGAGAUCACAGACUCGGCCGGCGUGGUGCUGUCCCCAAACUGGCCGGAGCCCUAUGGCCGCGGGCAGGACUGCAUCUGGGGUGUGCAUGUGGAGGAGGACAAGCGCAUCAUGCUGGACGUCAGAGUGCUGCGCAUAGGCCCUGGUGACGUACUUACCUUCUAUGAUGGGGACGACCUGACAGCCCGGGUCCUGGGCCAGUACUCCGGGCCCCGAGGCCACUUCAAGCUCUUUACUUCCAUGGCUGAUGUCACCAUCCAGUUCCAGUCAGACCCUGGGACCUCAGCAGUGGGCUACCAGCAGGGCUUUGUCAUCCACUUCUUUGAGGUACCCCGCAAUGACACAUGUCCAGAGCUGCCUGAGAUCCCCAACGGCUGGAAGAGCCCGUCACAGCCUGAGCUGGUGCAUGGCACUGUCGUCACUUACCAGUGCUACCCUGGCUACCAGGUGGUGGGAUCCAGUGUCCUUAUGUGCCAGUGGGACCUAACCUGGAGCGAGGACCUGCCCUCCUGCCAGAGGGUGACUUCUUGCCAUGACCCUGGGGAUGUGGAACACAGCCGACGCCUCAUAUCUAGCCCCAAGUUUCCUGUGGGGGCCACCGUGCAGUAUAUCUGUGACCAAGGUUUUGUGCUGACGGGUAGUGCCAUCCUCACCUGCCAUGACCGCCAAGCCAGCAGCCCCAAGUGGAGCGAUCGGGCCCCCAAAUGUCUCUUGGAACAACUCAGGCCAUGCCAUGGCCUCAGUGCCCCCGAGAAUGGUGCCUGCAGUCCUGAAAAGCGGCUACACCCAGCGGGGGCUACUGUCCACUGCUCAUGUGCCCCUGGCUAUGUGUUGAAGGGUCAGGCCAGCAUCAAGUGUGUACCUGGGCAUCCCUCACAUUGGAGUGAUCCCCCGCCCAUCUGUAGGGCUGCCUCUCUGGAUGGGUUCUACAGCGGCCGCAGCUUGGAUGUCGCCAAGGCACCUGCUGCCUCCAGCACCCUGGAUGCUGCCCACAUUGCAGCUGCCAUCUUCCUGCCACUGGUGGCGAUGGCACUCUUGGUGGGAGGUGUGUACCUCUACUUCUCCAGGCUCCAGGGGAAAAGCCCCCUGCAGCUUCCCCGAACACGGCCUCGCCCCUAUGACCGAAUCACCGUGGAGUCAGCAUUUGACAAUCCAACCUACGAGAAUGGAUCUCUUUCCUUUGCAGGAAAUGAGAGAAUAUGAAGUAUCCAUCUAGAGGGAAGCCAGCUCAGCCCUGCAUCACAGACCAGCAGCAGAGCUCCCAACUUCCUGCUGUCCCUCCACCUCCUGUACAUACCAUCUGGGAAGAGACACCACUAAUCCCUCAAGAAGUUGUGCCCUUUCCCACCUGCGAUGGCCACCAGGGCCUAUUUUCUUGGUACCACUGACCACUUAGGACCCUUCCUUGGGUCCAAGUCAGAGGACAUCUGCCUCUGAGCAGAACACAACUGGAGCAUAUGCAUCAAGAACCAGCACUCUCCUGACCCUCCUUCAUGCCCUGCACCUCCAGCCUGGAAUUCACAGGCAUAGUGGGAGCGCCUUUCUCCAUGUGACCACUACCUAGCCCUGGCAUAUAGCACCAUGCAGCAGGGUUAACUUGAUGAUGGCAGAAACUGCGCCAGGGUGCUUCUCAGAAGGCCAUCACCAGUGGCCAAAACUGCUCUCAACAGUGACCUCUGGGUAGUCCUGGCAUGCCAACAUCAGCCCCUCAAGGAAGUCUCUUGUCCUUCUCUAAGGCCCAAGGAAUAGACAGUUCUGCUCCUGUCCCUUCUCAGUGGAGGCAAUGAUUCUAAGGGAUCCUAAGGGGUUUAGGGACCCUACCCAAGCUAAGGUUGGACUUCCCUAGGCAUUCAUGCUCCACACCAAAGCAGGAAACCCCACUGCUCCACUACACCCCGAGGAAAGAAAGACCUCCCUCUGAUUGCCUGUCUGGCUGUUAAAACAUCCUCUUUCCCACUAGUCCCUCCUCUAACCCCAACCACUUGCCAGACUCCCCUCCUGGCCACUGUUUUGGGAUAAGGGGAGUUGGCAGGCGUAUUCCGGAGAGGAGCAGAGGUCUGAGGAGGAAUUUGGCAUGGAACAGGAGGUCAGAGAGCCCUAGGGAGAGGCCCAAGUGCUGGCUAAUAGGCCACUUUGUACAUGUAAUGUAUCAUAUGGGGUUUGGCCUCCAGCCAGAGAACAAUCUUCUAUUUCUGUUGUUUCCUUAUUAAAAUGGUGUUUU